UGUAGACUGCUACAGUGGCCAUAUUGUUUUUAUAGUAGUAAUUCAUUUACAGCAUUCAUUUUGAAUAGAAGCCCCCCCCCCACCCUUCUUUACUUUGCAAAAGUAGCUAGUCAAAAAGAAGCCCAUCCGAAGUUUGGGAGGGGGGGGGGUGGGGGAAGAAAGAGCCCAGGGCUUAUUCGAGAUUUUAUGAUAAGCCAUCAUAUAUUAUGAGGAAGUUAUGUCUCACGUCGCACAAGAGGGAGAAGCCGACCAGCCAUUACCUUUGUGGACAUGAAACAGGAUGCUGGGCUGAAAAACAUCCAUGAAAAUCAAAGUAGGCCUACAAUGGAAGACAGAACCAUCUACAAGUCCAUCGUUCAUCGGGAUCCGAGAUUGUAUUGAGCGGAUAAGACUAAUACCGCAUUCUGAUUGGUCGCAAACUGAGAUUGGGCUCAACCACGAAGGAUACACUGUAUACUGCCCUACAUCCGACGAUUAACAGAUGACGUACUAGCAACGCCGGUCCAGAAAAAACCUCUUUUGUAUUAUUAUUGCAGAACUACAGCAGAGCAGAAUAGUAUCAUUCAAACCUUUUCAGACUUGAAGGAAUAUGUGAAUUUCAGAGAUGGAUUCAAUGGAUAAGAAUUACAUAAUGAGCACAGACACCGAGAUGUGCACAUCUAAUUACACUGAUAAUUCUAUGACGUCAUCAGGGAUCUUGGACUGCUACGAUGAUCCUAAAAAUAAGGGGUUUCUUAUCUUUGGAUUAAUCAUAUGUUGGAUAAUAACUUCAGCGACAAUUUUUGGUAACUGUCUAGUGUUGCUUUCUUUCGCCAUCAACCGGAAAAUUCGUUCCAAACCCGCGAACGUGUUUAUUUUGACUCUUUCAUUGGCGGAUCUGACGAUUGGUAUUGUGUCGCUCCCAUCGAGCAACCUCGAAAUACAGUACGGUUACUGGGCUUUUGGUGAAAUAUUUUGCAAAUCAUACUUGUUUUUCGACUAUACUGCAUGCGCAGUUUCGGCUGGCUGCAUCAUCCUGCUAAGUCUAGAUCGCUAUUGGAUGGUUAAGAAACAUCUUAGCUACAACGCGUUUAUGACGCAUCGGAAAGCGUUUGCUUUAUCGCUUUGCCUUGUCUUGUUCUUCGGUAUAUUUUAUGCGUUGAGUAUUUUAUUCUGGGAGCUUAUAACAGGGGAGAAUAAUAUUGACUACAGUGAAGACUGUGAGGUUGAAGGCAUAGAUAAUGAGAUAUUUGUUUACACGUCGAUCACCAUAGAAUUCGUCCUUCCUUUUGUUUUACUUGUAUAUUUAAACGUUAAUGUGUUUAUUGAAGUAUUUAGGUGGUCAUCAGGAAAGAAUCUCCAACGCGGAACAAAUUGCAAAAUUAAAAGUAAAACAACUAAAGACAACUGUAAAACUGACCAGAAGGAUCCAAACUGGGGUCAAAAGAAUAUAGAAUCAAAUAAAAAGCCGUGUAAACUGUCGUCGUUCCGGAGAAUUCAAGGCACGAAUCGAGGGUCGCAGACGCGGAAAGCGGCCAUUACACUGGCUGCACUUGUCACAGCAUUUGUAAUCUGCUGGCUGCCAUUUAAUAUAACCAUAAUAAUCGAUACACCCAAUAUAAGCGAUUUUGUUUGGGAGUUCGUAAACUACCUUCUGUGGCUCAACUCAGCAAUCAAUCCGAUUCUAUACGCCGCUACGAACAAUCAAUUUCGGCAAACAUUUGCGAGAAUUAUUUUCUGCAGACGGAAUGCAACAACAGGAAAACAUACCUCCUGUAACCAUUCACGAACGCUUAAAUUAGAGGCCCGGAGUUAAAAUAACUAUUAAAAAUGUGUAGUUGGAUUAAUUAUCUUUUAAGUUUUGUUUUACAAUUCCCAGGAGCUCAUUGGUAAAGGCAAAGUGGAUUCCGAAUCAGUGCCACUUAAAAGUUAUUGGGUAGAAGCAUUCGACAACUACUGUACAACUAUUUAAAAGAACAUACAAGGUUUUCUUUAACCAAUAUUUCUGUCUGUAUGGCCGUUAUUAACCAAAAUUGCUCAUUUUCCAUAAAAAUAGAGUUGAAUUUUUACAAUACAUUAUGGUAUUUUAUCCUAGGCGGCAGUAAAUUCUGUUUGAUUAAAAUAAAGUGUGAAUAUUAAUUAUUCUUUGAAUAAUACUACUGUGGAAGGGCGAAUGAACGUGUCGACCUCUUUCUUGGCGCGUCGUAUUUGCACCGCAAAGUAUUGCAUCCAGGUACUUAAUUAAGCUGUCUGAAUGUUACGUAAUACUGUAUGCGCGUAAUGAUCUUGCUUGUCUGGGUAUAUGUAAGCCUGGUUCUCACGAGAGCCCUAGUAUCCGGAUCGGGAGCUAACCGUUAGCACCUGCGUGAGAACGCCCGAUCGGUUAGCGCUAACCGUUAGCGGUGUCCGGAUACGCUAGCGGUUAGCAA